GAACAAGAAAAUCGAAAAAACCACUCGGCUGAUUGCUGCAUAGUCUUCUUUUAACUAUUUCUGCGUUGAAAAUUUAAUAAUAUACGUACAAAUAAGACCAUAGAUAGGCAUUUUGAGGUCCCAAUCCUCGUGUAAUGCUUUUAUUACAAGAAAAACGGCCCCUAAAGCGAGCUUUGGGGCCGCCAGAUGUGUAUCCACAAGAUGCCCGACAACGCGAAGACGAAUUGACUCCAUCAAAUGUUAAACAUGGAUUUGCUACUAUGCCUCCACUAUCGGAUGAAUUUGGCACAGCCCACACGUCAAAUGUCAAUGCCAGUAAGGUGGCCUCGUUCUUCAAUGCCAUAGUGGCUAAAAAGGAAGAGUUAAUGACCCUGCAAGAUACAGUGCGUAAGAAGCAGCAAUUCAAUAUCAAAGAUAACUUUUGGCCGGUAUCACCUCGUACAAAGACGGCUUUGGAUGCUUGGUUUAAGGAUUUGGCUGGGAAUAAACCAUUACUCAGUUUGGCCAAGAAGGCACCAUCAUUCAACAAAAAGGAAGAAAUACUGAUAACGUUGUGUGACCACCAGGUGAAUAUGCAGAGAGCUACUUGGUACAUCAAACUGAGUGCUGCAUAUACGGCGAGCGUGUCUGAGUCGAAAAAUAAAAAGAGAAAUCUGAUUGACCCGGUCACAGAAUGGACUGGCAUAUUAAUAAAAUUUAUGAAAGACUUGUUACCCAAACUACAAGAAUACUACCAUUUGAGCGAAAAGAGUACUCCCGCCGAAAGGGCGUUAAUGAGUGGAUAUGGUGCUCCUACUACCAAUAGUAAUGGUAAUGGUCAAAAUGUGCAUGCACCCAAUUCGUUGACUGCAGCCCAUUCAAUGGCAAGCCCUGUACCCAUGUUGAGUCCGGCCAAUAGUCAAUCGUCAACUGGAGCCUCUAUGGGAUCAAUGAGUAACAACAGUUCGUCUAUGGUAGGCUGUUCCAGCAAUCAAAAUGUCCUGUCUGGUGGCAGCAAUAUGCCCGCUACUGGUUCCACAAUAUCGGGAAGUGGGAGUAAUUUUGAAGAUAGUAGAAAUGCUUUGAAGUAUUGGAAUUAUUGCGCCCAACUGGCUAAAUAUAUGCAUGAGGAACAAUUGCUGGAUAGACAAGAGUUUUUGAACUGGAUAUUGGAGCUUUUGGAUAAGAUGCGUACUCAGUCUACCUUUGAUGAAUCGCUGAAGAAACUAAUUUUAACAUUUGCCUUGCAAUACAUGCACGAUUUUGUUCAAUCGGAGAGACUGUGUCGCAAAAUGGCAUAUAUUGUUGCGAAAAAGCUUUCAAAUCUAUUAAAUGGCGUUAUAGAUCAGCAACAACUCAAUUCAAAUCACCAACAACCAAAACCCUUGCAGGCUUUGCAAGGUGUAACGCCCAUGGAUGUGGAUGACAUCGAUGAGGGUUGCCAGAAGAAGAAGACCCCACUUGAUCCGUAUGAAGUGGCCUUAAACGAAUACCUUACGUGUCCACAUCAUCGUGACAUUGUUUUGUGUUUGAGCAGCAUUUUGCAAAUAGUUACCAUAGAAUGUCCCACAGCAAUGGUGUGGUGUGGCAUAGGCGAAAAUCGUGCCCCUGCAUCGUUGUGUGGUAGUCCAUUGGAUCAUUUACCGUUGGCUCCAUCUUCUUUGCCCAUGCCUUCCAAAUGUCCUCUUACCAAUAAUGAAGUUCGUCGUCAACUACGUUCCAUAGAAUCGGAAAUUAUUUUACGUUCCAAACAUGCUGAAAAUCGUUGGUUUGCUGAAAAAUGGCUAAAUGCCAACAAGAAUUCCUAUACUCAUGUCCUAACGAUUCUUGAUCAUUUAGAUACUCAUUGUUUUGAUUUAAUGGAUCAAAGCAAUUCCAUUGAUACCCUGUAUGCUAAUAUCUUUCAACCCUUUGUAAGUGUGCGGCGUGAAGUGGGGGCAAAUGGUGAAAUGAAUGAGAUACAUCAGGAGUACGAUGCUAACAUCGUGGACGGGAAUACAGUGAAGAUUCUAUGUGAAUGGGCAGUUUCAAGUCAACGAUGGGGUGAACAUCGUGCCAUUGUCGUAGCUAUUUUAUUGGACAAACGUCAAAUUGAAGUAACAACGCCAUCUGCGGAAGAUGUAAACAAUGGCAAUGGAAAUGGCAACAAUCCAAAUGAUGACAAAGACUCGAUAGCUUCAGGAGCCGGUUUAAUUGGUGGUUUGCCAGUGUUUCAGUCUGUAUUGAUGAAUUUUCUGGAUCAUGACGCUCCCGUACUCGAUGAAAAUGGCAGUACUGCUAAUCGUACUCAAUUCACUAAUUUGGUACAUUUAUUCAGUGCCCUCAUACGUCACGAUGUUUUCUCCCAUAAUGCGUAUAUGUAUACCUUAAUAUCUCGUGGAGAUCUGUUGGAAGGAGCGAAUGGCAUGGGUAACAGCAACCUGAAUAACAAGCCAUCAAACAUAGUGGCGAAUAGUGUUUCCGGCCCAGUUUCGAAUAAACCUGUAACACCGCCCCCUAAUAAUCAAGGAUUUGAUGACGAUUUUACAAGUGGUUUAGAUUUUAAACACAAUGAAUACGAUGAUUCCAAUGUUGAUGAUGAUUUGGAAAAAAUCCUACAAAACAUCAAAGAAAAGGGUCAAGUGCAGGCCCCAGAUAGUCCCAAAAUUCCAGAGCAUAGUAAUAGCAACGGCGGCAAUACGAUAUCACGACAUUAUAUCUAUACUAAGCAUUUUCCCAUACCCCAAGAUGACUCCUCAAUGUCAUAUAGUAGCGAAUCAAAUCAAAGAUAUAUUCUGCUGUUUGGCGUUGGCAAGGAACGCGAUGAAAAAAAGCAUGCCGUUAAGAAAAUGUCAAAAGAAAUUUGUAAACUAUUUACUAAAAAAUUUAGUAUUGAUGUAGCCGAGGGUGGUAAGGUGAAGAAACAUUCACGCAAUGAAUUCAAUUUUGAGGCGACAACCAGUAAGUGCCAAAAUAUGGCCUACUUUGAUCAACACGUGGUCACAUCUCAAUGUGCUGCGACGGUUUUGGAGCAACUGAAUGGCUUUGCUGUGGGAAGCAAUAACUACUUGCCGGUGCAAGAACACGUCGCAUUCCUUUUUGACUUAAUGGAAAUGGCUUUAAAUAUACACAGUCUUCUGGAACUUUGCGAUCAGAUUUUAAAGGAACUACCCGAAGUAGAAAAUCAGUUGCAAGUAAAAAAAUCAAAUAUGGUACGGAGUUAUACAACCUCAUUGGGAUUGUACAUUGUGGGCAUAUUACGGCGAUAUCACAGCUGCUUGUUGCUGUCGCCAGAACAAACCAUUUCAGUAUUUGAGGGUUUGUGCCGCAUAAUAAAACAUGUAACUAAUCCAGCUGAAUGUAGCUCAGCUGAACGUUGUAUUUUGGCCUACUUAAAUGAUCUCUACGAAGCUUGUCAUUUGUUGCGCUCCAAAGAUCAGGAAGCUGAAUUUUUCCUGCAAAUUUCCAAUAUCAAGAAAUUCAAAGAUAUCAUCAAUCAACCGGAACAAUUGGGUAUGGUGCCACAAAACUAUAAUGCCCAGUUUAUGCAAGAGUUUUUUGCCUCGCCCAAGAGAGGGGGUAAAAUUGAUCCAUUAUGGCUGAGACAGCUGCACGAAUCUCCAGCGAAUAUUUAUAGUUUUGUGUCGAAUGUCAUAUUUGCAGUUUGUCAUGAAACCGAUAAUGAUCGUCUCAAUGAUAUAGCCAUUGCAUGUGCUGAAUUGACUGCUGGUUGUAAUGCUUUGUCGGAGGAAUGGAUAGCUGCUCUGCAAAGUAUUUGCAAUGCCAUGAAGAAAACUCGAUAUCCUCAUUUGUGUCAAAUCGAUAUACAGAAUAGCAAAAUACACAACUCUUUGGCCGUCUUUAUAUGCAUUUUAGUGGCACGACACUGUUUUACUCUGGCUGAAUUUCUGAUGAAUUUUGCACUGCCAACUCUGGCUAAUGCAUAUCCUGUGCCAGGCUGUGGAGAGAUAACGGCUGAUGCAGAAUCCGGAGCCCGUCUUACUUGCCACUUGGUUCUAAAAUUGUUCAAGACAAUUGAAAUUCCUCAGCCUGGAAUGUAUUCGGUUAGCACUUCGCCAAACCCUUUGAAUGCCGUCAACAGUUCAUCAAAUAUUAAAUUAAGCUGUGACCGCCACCUUCUGAUUGCUGCUCAUAAAAAUUUACCCCUUGAAGCGGUAUUAGCAGUGCUGAAGGCAAUCCUGAUUGUUGUUGACACCACACCCAGUAUGGCUGGUAACAGCUCCACAGGAGCAUUUGGUAGCGGUGGUGGUACAAGUGGAAAACGUGGAAGUGGUUUCAAUACACCCGUGCAUCCAGGAAGCACGCCCAAAAGCAAUGAUCGACCUGUGGAUAUAAGCCAAAUAUUGGGUACAAGUGAUUUAAAUAGCCAUACUGGGGACCACGAUCAUGACAUGUCACAGCCACUCUCAACAACGCCCCUCAAUGCCAAUCAGGGGCCGAACGGCGAACAAAUAUCCUUGUUGGAAUUUGCACAACAUGUGCUCAAGCAAAUCUGUGCCCAAGAACAUGUUUUGGGACGCUGCCUCAAGAAUGCCGACAAACUUUGUGACAUGGUUGUCGAUGAUAUGCUAACACCCAAACAAUCGCAAUCAAUUCUACACAUGAUUUUUUAUUCAGAAGCUGAAUAUAAUAUCAUCUCCGAACUGGAUCAGCGGUCAAUGAUUGUAAGAAUUUUGGAAAAUCUUGGCCAAUGGACGUUGCGCAUAUCUUGGUUGGAUUUACAGUUAAUGCACAAGCAAAGCAUGAAUAAUCCUUCGGAAUUAAUGACAUGGUUAGAUACAGUAGCCCGUGCCGCUAUUGAUGUCUUUCUUAUGGAAGAAGUUGUAACCGGUAGUGGUGGAAAAACCGAAUAUCGGCCAAAACCAUCAACAUGGCUGGUGGCUCCAUUGGUAUCUAAACUAACUCCUGCUGUGCAGGGCCGUAUUUUACGUGUGGCAGGCCAGGUGUUGGAAAGCAUGAACUACUUUUCGAAAAGUUCUAAAGCGGAUAACAACAGUUCAUGCAGCGGAGAUGAAAGGGAGAAGAGUAACAGCUGUGGCAGCGCCAGUAGUAGUUAUAGUAAUGGCUCCAAUGGUAGUUCACGUAACAAGAAAAUGCCUCUUAAUUACCAACCAUUUCUGGGUUUGAUUUUAACCUGUCUCAAGGGUCAAGAUGAGUACAAGGAGAGUUUGUUGGUUUCAUUGCAUUCUCAGUUGUCCCAGUGUCUGCAGUCGUAUGCCGAGUUUGAUACCAUGGGUGGUGUAGACGAUCCCCAGGGACGUGAAGAAAUGCUUGAUGCCUUACAGCUACGUUUCUCUUUGGUCGGUGGCAUGUUUGAUUCCAUACAAAAGAAUAGUACUUCGAUAACAGAUUGGGCCAUACUGUUGGUGCAACUAGUAUGCCAGGGUGUUAUAGAUUUAAGUACAAAUAGGGAACUUUUUACUACCGUGGUAGAUAUGUUGACCACAUUAGUGCAUUCCACAUUGGUCUCCGAUGGACAAUCCGAACGGGAUGAACGUUUAUACUCCAAUCUAAUGAAGAAAUUAAAAAAAGAAAUUGGUGAGAAGAAUAAUGCUUCCAUUAAAGUAAUAAGGCAACUGCUGCCAUUAUAUAAACAACCGACAGAGGUUAUAUCUUGUGAACCGGCAGCAUUAGAUCAAAAGGGCAAUAAAAUAAACGACAUGGAUAAGAGACUAAUGCGUAUAUCAGACAAGCAACGCAUAUCCGUUUGGGAUAUAUUGGAGGGCCACAAAAAUCCCGCACCAUUGUCGUGGGUUUGGUUUGGUGCCGUCAAAUUGGAACGUAAACCCUUAACCUACGAAGAAUCGCAUCGAAAUCUCAAAUAUCAUACACACAGUUUGGCUAAGCCAAGUUCAUACUACUACGAAGCACUGCCAUUACCCCCAGAAGAGGUUGAGCCAGUUCCUGUGGUACCUGUGACACCAACUCCACCUUUCUUGCAGAAGGAUGAAAUGAAGGCUGAUACACCGUCGUCAGUGGAUCAAUCACCAAGUGCUGUUGUCACAGGCCGUGGUCGGGGUAAGGGUACUACGCGAAAGCGUAAACCUAAACAGCCGAAAAAUGCACCAGCUACAAAUGUCCAACCAACGCCACAAAUUACUGGAACCCAAGUUGGACAGGGGCCACAACAGGUUCCGGGUCAACAGCAACAAGUCAUACCUCAGCAGCAGCAGCAACAACAGCAACAGCAGCAGCAACAACAACAGCAGCAGCAACAACAAAUGGCUCAGCAACAACAACAGCAGCAGCAACAACAGCAGCAACAGCAGGUGCCGCAACAAGCUAUGAAUGCCCAACAACAAAUGGGACAAAUACCAAUGAAUAUGCAAAUGGGUGGGAAUGUCAAUAUGCAACAAUUCAAUCCGAAUCAAAUGAUGCAGCAAAAUCCAAAUGCCAUGAUGCAACAACAACAGAUGCAAGGUGUGCCGGGUAAUAUGGCGCAGCAAAUGAAUGUUGGUAAUCCACAACAGAAUCAACAAAUGAAUUUCAUGGGACCCGGCGGACCGCAAUCGAUGCAACAGGCUGGUAUGAAUCCUCAGGCCCAACAAUGGCAGGGACCAAACCAGUUCCAUCCCAUGCAACAACAGCAACCACAACAGCAAUAUCAAUAUCCACAACAGCAACAGCAAUUGAAUCGAUUUGAACGUCCUCAGAUAAACAAUCCCAAACAUGCUCUGCAAAAUAUGUUGCGCCAAAGACAGCCAACGUUUAAUCAAAAUAAUCAAAAUUUCAGUGCAAUGCAACAACAACAGCGACAGGGUAUGCCAACGCAACAGCAACCGGGUGGCUUAAAUCCAGUCCAGCAACAACAAAUGCAGCAACAGCAAUUUGGUCGGGCUGGUAUGCGAGGCAUGGCUCCCAAUCAAAUGGCCGGCGUUGCACCCAAUCAAAUUGCCCCCGGAAUGGGUAAUCAAGUUGCCAUGAGUGCACAAGGUAUGGGUGGCCAAAAUCCCAUGAUGCAACAACAAAUGUCGGCUCAGGGUAUGAAUCCGCAAGCCAAUACACAAAUGGGCAUGAAUCAAAACGCUGGCAUGAUGGGUGCGACUGCCACUGGUAAUCCUAACAUGAUGACUGCCCAGGCUAAUAGUGGCAUGGUAAACACAGGCGGAAUGAUGCAACAAAAUGUGGGAGUCGGUGUUGGUGUGGGCAACAGCAAUGUUGUCAACCAGGGAAUGGUUAAUCAAGGUGGACCCGGACAAUUCCAAAAUUUCAAUCAAUAUCAGCAACAAGGAAUGAAUCAAACGCCUGGACCAAACCAACAGGCCAAUAUGAUGGGUGGAUUUAAUCAAAUGAAUCAACGCACAAAUCCCGCAGAUUUUAUGGCCCAACAACAACGUGGCACGGGAGCCAUGGCCGGCCAACGUGGACAAUACAUGAAUCAAGCACCCAAUGUAACCAUGAGUAACAUGAUGGGCCAGGGCAAUGUACCGCCUUAUCAAAGGCAGCAAUCAACCGGAGGCAAACCUGGUGUGACACAGCAACAAUUCCAACAGCAACAAAGAAUGCAACAGAUGAUGCAAAUGCAGGGAAUGGGGCCUCAAAAUGCUGGUGCCGGUGGCAUGGGUCAACCACAAAAUCAAAAUGUUGCACAACAACAAAAUCCCAACCUAGUGGCUCAGCUGCAACGUCAAAUGCCCAAUCAACCCAAUAUGAUGGGUGGCCCACAAUACCAACAACAUCCGCCACCGUAUUAAAACUCAAAGUAACUAGUAGUAUGCCUCAACAUUUUAAUCAUCACCCAUCCACUAUAUUUUAUAGCUUUAGGCUCUGUAUCGAUAAUUUGUGUAUGUUAUCUUAUUUAAUCAUUUAUAUUUAAAAAAAAAAACAACGUAUUCUUUAUAAGUUAUUAUUUUAUUUUUCCAAUUUUAAGUUUUGAUCAAAUUAUACAUAGUAUUAUAAUAAAAUGUAUUUGAAUUAAAUUAAAUGGAAAUUAAAUAUUAAAAAUA